AUGGCAAAGCCAUCGCGAGGCAAAGGAUGGACAGACCCCGAGGUGCACGUGAUGCUUGAUACCGUCGAAGUUCACCUGCCUUGGGGGCCAGCGCACUGGGACAUCAUUCAAGAGACGUACAACACGUCAAUUCAAGCGAACGAGGGUGGCCAGAACGCCACGGCGACAGCAUCCAGCGAAAGUUCAAGGUUCUUCGAAGUAUCCGCAAACCCACUGGCGACUCCAUGUGUCCGCCCACUGUAUCAAGAGCAAAGCGACUCCAACAAGCAAUCGAAGCCGCAAUGGGAGUUUGCGACUUGCUAUCAUGCCAGCAGCCCCCCAAUGAGGGCAAUGACAACGAUGGCGCUUCGGACGCCUGCAGACUUGAACGCCUUGGGAAGGUCGCGUGGUGCAGAGCCUGCGAUGAGCCAAACUGCGAUUGCCCGACACCACGUCAUGACGGGCAAGAGUUGCAUUUGGAACCAACAACUUGUCCCAAAGCGGCAACCUUCUGUCAGCGUCGUGCCAGCUGCCGACAAAGUUGUGGCGCCCCCAUACGAUCGUUCCGUCCGCCCCGAACAGCAGCGUGCCAGUGACAAAGGCAAUGCAACCACCCAUUCGUUGUCCUAUCAUGCCCCAGCUACCGAGACACCCCACCCCAUGUCCAGCACUGCCCGAGCCACCGCUGCCGCCCUCCACAACUAUGCCAGGCGUGUACGACAGACCUGUCGGUUGCCUCCACCAGUGCAUGGCGAUGCGUGGCUACGCCUCCUAUUCCACAUGCUGCCUGUCAACUGCCGCUUUGCCUACCUCCAAGUUGAGCGUUCCAAUGUCAUCUGCUGUGCUUACGGCUGUGGUGGAGUGGAAACCCAACACCAUGCCUUUCACGCAUGUCCCCUAAUCCACCGAGUAUGGGCGUUUCACAGCGAUGCCUGGAGGUGCUACGGGGUCACCUUUUCGUGGUCGACUAUCUCGGACCUUGACCUUUUUACGGUCAAUGCGCGCGGCCACCAUCACCAAGAUGCCCUCAAGACUCUAUGGAUCCUUUUCAUAGCCUCAACCCUCCACCUCAUAUGGUCCGAGCACAACAAGCUGUCGUUCCUUGGCUGGAAGAUGUCUGUACGCCGAUGGCUCCGCCUACAACACCCCGACUGCGCUCUCCGUUCCUCUGUCCUCGAAGUCCUUCAAACCCUCCGCGUCCAAGAGCCUUAA